UUUGCCAUUACAGAAAAGUGCAUUAUCUUCGUCAACAAUGUACGUGAAGUGAAAUGUUUGUGGAAUAUUUAAAGUGAUAUGAAGUGUAAGUGCAAUUUUUUACCCUGCGAAAAAUACUAGGACGAUGGAGGAAUCUAACGAGGAGCAUAGGGUCGUUCCAGCUUUCCCGGUUUCAGAGCUCUACUUUCUGAUAGCGAAAUUUCUCUCCGGGGGACCUCUCAAGGAAACUGCAAAGACUUUACUAAAAGAGCUGGAAAGUGUCGAGGUGCUGCCUCGGCGACUGGACUGGGAAGGCAACGAGCACAGCCAAUCCUACGAUGAAUUGGCCUCAAAAUUCUCCGAUGUAUCGUGUACCCGGCUGCCCUCGGUCUGCGAACGGGCGUUGCGCCUCGCCCGCUACGGGCCCUCCGCCGGGCCGGCCACGUCCGCACCCGCCGACGGUUGCGGCGCGACUGGCGCCAUCCCCACCGCUGCGGAGAUACGCCAGUUGACAGCUAGGCUGUCGCUGUUGAGCGAGUCGCUCGUGAGACCGAAGCCGAAGUAUGCUUCGUACAAGCCCGAUCAUACUGUUGUCCGCCGCAUCGCCGCCCGCGAGCUGGGCACCGGCCCGGCUUCCCUGCCGGGCAGCCCGGGCCGGACCGUGUUCCCGUACCGGAUGCUGUCCGGCCUCACGCUGCAGCGCCGGACGCUGGGACACCUGUCUGCGGUGUACUGUCUGCUGUGCGACAGGACCGGGAGAUACGUCAUCACUGGUGCUGAUGACUUAUUAGUUAAGGUAUGGAGCGCCAUAGACGGACGCCUAUUAACGACGUUGCGCGGCGCCGGCGCAGAAAUAACUGACGUCUGCGCAAGCGCUGACGGCGCUUUGUUGGCCUGCGGAUCUGUGGAGAGGCUAGUCAGAGUUUGGUGCCUGGAGACAGGCGCCCCCCGCGCAGUGCUAUCCGCCCACGCGGGCACCAUCACCUCCGUGCACUGGGCUCCUCCCGCCCACAAGGACCUCAGGUGGCUGGCCUCCACCUCCACGGACGGCAGCGUUGCGUUCUGGACUUGUUCCCCACAGGGACAGUUUUUGAGCCAACCGGUACAAUACGUGGAGCGCAUGCGUCCCGGCGCAUGCCACAUGAUCUGCGCCGCGUGGUCCUCAGGCGGUAUGUUUCUCGCAUGCGGCAGCGCAGACCAGCACGUGCGCGUUUACAGCGUCCAGCGCGACAGCGGCGGCCCGCGGCGGGUCUUGGAGGUGGCAGUGCACAGUGACGCAGUCGACAGCAUAGCGUGGGCGCACAGCGGUCUCAGAUUCGUGUCAGGGAGCAAAGAUGGCAGCGCUUGUGUGUGGACGUUACACGCUACACAGUGGCGCCACACGCAGCUGCUGCCGCAGGCUGAACAGGGGAAACGACUCAAGGUGACGAUGGUCUGUUGGGACAACAGCGACGCUUACAUCCUGACGGCCGUGUCCGACCUCACCAUCCGCGUGUGGACCGCCGCCGGCGCACAGCUGCACCAGCUCAAACACCACACCGACGAGGCUUAUGUCUUAGAAGCUCAUCCGUUCCUGCCUUCAGUUUUCCUGUCAGCAGGACACGAUGGACAGCUGUUUGUAUGGCAUGCAGAGUCGGGAGAAUUACUAGCUAAAUAUCACAAUAAAAUCGAGGGUCAGGGGUCCGGGGCGAUAUUCGACGCUAAAUGGGCGGGCGGACACAAAGUGGCCGCGUCUGAUAGCCACGGACACCUGCUUAUACUGGGACUUGGAGCCGGACACAAACUCCUGAAGGUGUUGCCCACUGAAUUAUUCUUCCACACUGACUACAGGCCGCUGGCGCGCGACGCGCUCGGCGGCGCGCUGGACGAACAGACGGAGACUCCGCCGCACCUCAUGCCGCCGCCGUUCCUCGUCGACGUCGAGGGCGCCCCCCACCCCCCGGAGCUCCAGCGUUUAGUUCCAGGGCGGGAGAACCUAGCCCUGUCUCAGCUGAUCCCCGCGUGGGACGCCGCCAGGUCGCGGCUGGACGCGAUGAUACUGGCGCUCGCGGGGGAUGGGUCGCCGCCGGUCGACAGGCCUAUAGGGGGCGUGUGGCGCGGGGAGGGCGUGCGCCACACCGCGGGCAGCUGGCAGCGCGGCGAUCCCUUGCUCGUCCCUCACAGCUCGCGGCCCGUCGUCGCGCCGCUCUCCGCCGCUCACAGGCUGCACAUCGAGAGGACAGCCAACGACAGGUAUCUAAGCGAAGAAGCGUGGUGGAAGAGAGAGAUGAGACGAAGGCCCGUCAUGAUCAGUACGCAGCAAGCUGGUGAGCCGACGGGGCCGCGGCGUCGCGCGGGGCGCCGGCCGGGCGUCACGGCGCCCCCGCCGCGCCCCCGCCCGCGCCCCGCGCCCGCCUCCGACACCGACAGCGACAGCGACAGCGACCACAGGACGCACAGCAGCGUGGCGCUUAGCGAUAUGUCCAGCUCACAAUCUGGAAGCAAAACUGAUAAUUCGUCAUCGUCUCAGUAUUCUGAUUGGGAGGCGGGCGCUGCGCUUGCGCCGCCCGCCAGGGCCAGGCGGAAACCUCAGGCCAAACACAGAUACAGUCCCUCGCCGCCAGCUACGAAGAAACGCAACGCGGCGUUGUCUGCGUCCCUGCAGAAUGACAGCGACGACAACGGUGACGGCGACGGAGACUCGCCCCCGCGAGACAGAAACCCGUCGGAGAGUGCUCAUGCAGUGGAAGAGCUAGCAGAAGUGUACCGCCCCGGGGAGUGGAUAACGGCGGUGUUGCCGCGCAAGGCUCCGUACCACCCGCAGAUGGGGGACGAGUGUCUCUACUUCCGACUGGGACAUCAGAGGUACUUCGAAGCAGUGGCCGAGAAAGACUUGUACAAGAUAAAUCCCAGAGACAAACCCUGGGAGAGAACUGUUGUUAACGACUGCGAGUUGGUUAAGGUAGUCGGCAUGAAAUACGUAAUAAAACCUCCUCGAAUAGUCUGCCUCAAACUGGCCUGCGCCGGAUCGAACCAGCACAGAGCUAGAUCAUUCACAGUGAGAUACCACGAUAUGCCCGAUGUGAUAGACUUUUUGGUGUUAAAACAACAAUAUAGUGCGGCUAUAGCCAGGAAAUGGUCCGCUGGCGACAGAUUCCGAUGUGUUAUUGACGAUUCUUGGUGGACGGGGUCAGUGCUGGAGCGCUCGAGCGCACCGCCGCCCGCGCACGCGGACUGCGCGCCCGAGCACGCGGCGCGCCAGUUCCUGGCGCUGCGCGUGCGCUGGGACAACGGGGAGGUGGAACGGCUGUCCCCCUGGGACCUGGAGCCGCUGGACGAGGCGCGGCUGCCGCGGUCGCCGGGCGGCGCCGUGCCGGUGCUGGCGGCGGAGCUGCGCGCGCUGCUCUACCGGCCCGCGCCCGCCGAGUGGCCGCCCGGCGCCGACCAGCGCGCGGCCAGCGCCGCCAUCGCCGGACAUGUCUCGCAGGUGAUGACGUUAGCUGUCGCGGAGCCCUUCGUAGCGCCCGUGGACCUCGCUCGGUACCCGUCUUACGCCAAAAUUGUACCGUACCCCGUCGACCUUGCCACUAUCAGAUCUCGCUGUGAGAAUCUAUUUUACCGUCGCAUAGCGGCGUUGCAGUUCGACGUCCGCUAUCUGGCGACCAACGCUGAGACAUACAACGACCCGCACGCGCCUAUAGUGAGGUCCGCGAGACUUGUCACCGAUUUGUUACUGUACAUCAUUGCACAUUGGCAAAAUGUCGACGUUCUGGCCAAAUAUAGGGAGUUAUGUGCCGGGUACCAGUCGACGGACGACGAGAAGCUUAAUGGAAAGAUAUCACGCGGCGUCCACUCCCGCGCAUCGUGGAUGUCGUUCUGUGAAAGCGUGUUGCGGGAGCUGUGCGCGUCCGCUGAUUCGGAACCGUUCUUGCAGCCUGUCAACUCUGAUUUGGUGCCGGACUACAGGAGCGUGAUAUCGGAACCUAUGGACCUCGGUACGGUCAGGUCGAGGUUGUCUUCCGGCCGCUACAGCGCACCGUCACAGGUAGCCCGCGACAUCCGCCGCGUGUUCAGCAACAGCAGGCUUUACAACACUAACAAGAGGAGUCGGAUAUAUUCAAUGACUGUGCGUCUGUCCGCGCUGUUCGAAGCCCUAUGGGCCAACAAACCGGAGACCAGCGGCGGGAGACAGAGACGGAAGCGAGUGCCAAGGAAGACUUAUACUGAUGAAUUCUCCCCGUCGCCGGAAUCGGCCCGGCCGGUGAGGACCCGCGACUCGUCGUCCUCGUCCUCGUCGGAGCCUCUGCUGUGCGCCAGCCGGAGGGCGCUGGCUGCGAGGGCGGCCCUCACUAGAGACACUGAUGAUAGCGACGCGCCGCUCUACACUCAGACCAAAGGUAAAGGCGUUGGCAAGAAGAGUAAGAGUGGCAGCGGUAGCACGGAGCCGGUGGCGGGCAGCAGCCGAGCCAGGUCUCACUUGUCGUACGAGUCAUCGAUAGAACACGCGAACGGCCAAGCGUGUUCGGACUCUAGCUCAGACUCAGCUCCGCAAAUGGAGGAGGAGAUGAGCAGCGACCACUCCAGUUACAGGGAGGUGGAGCUCGAUUACGACAGGAAACGCGAGCGUCGGAAACGUCGCCACACGACUACAACUGCGGAGAGUGCGCUCAGCGCCGACAGCGACCAGAACGAUAACAGACACCACUCCAAGCGCCGGCGCUCGCGCACGCGCGCCUCGUUCUCCGAGUCCGCGACGUCGUCGUCGGGCGACAACCUGCCGCUGUCGGCGGCGGACGGCCGCCGGUACGAGUCCGACCACUCGUACAAGCCGCGGUACUCCAGCGAGGACGACGCGCCGCUGCAGCUUAUCAGGCAACGUCAGCAGAAUGCCAGAGCGUCUACAUCGGGCGCGGGGCCGUCGGGUAGACGGCGGAAACCGGCGGUGUCGCUGCGGCGCCAGUCGCCGCGGCGCUACAACGAGGACAGUGAGGACGACUCCAUAGCCGUCAUCAGCAAGCGAUCGCAGCACCACCGGCUGUCGGCCGCCGCGCCCCCCCACAAUACCGACCACGACUAUAUCAACGGCCACAAUGGUACAGCGGCCAGCGGAUCUGGGACCGCGCCCGUGUCGAUCUCGUCCCGCGGACGAGUUCGCAAACUGACCGCGAAAGCGCGGGGCCUGCUCAGGGAAUAACACAGCGCCGCCAGGUGGCGGUGGCAACGAUUAUGUCUAAGAGACACGCCUCAUUUCUCCGUCACUCUCCGUCGUUUUGACGUCCGCCGUGACAAAGAUAAAGUCGCAAAUUGACUAAAUGAUAUUAAAACGUGACGUCACGAUUGAGUAAUGUCUUCGCGGGACAAGCUGUGUUUGUUCGUCAGCUACAUUAAAUAUCACGUUUAUGGUGCUGACUUCUUAAUAAAAGUUGUUACAGAAUUUAAGUUUUUUUUACGAUGGUCGAGUUUGUUUUUAUAAUUUCAUACUUUUUGAAAAUGGACUUUCCAACCAAGUUUAAAUCUUCGUAUUUUGAUCCAGCUGCAUUGUUACAGUCUAUGAAUUAUCACAAUGAUCCUGAAUAUAUAUAUUGUAUCUAGAUUGUAAACAUAUUUUUUACAAUUGUCAACCAUCUUUAAUGUAUGGAGAUUCGACGCACGUCAGUGUCAAAAUCUAAAAACAACGGCACUAUAUAGUGACUGAGCAAUUGGGCGUGGCGCUAACGCUACAAACUACCGCUGAACUCAGAUGCCAACAACAUAUCUGCAUUCUGUUUAGAAUAUCGUAAUAAAGACAAUUAAAAUUUGACCUGUUCGCGUUGUUAUAAAGAUGAAAUUUCCACAUGCCAAAUGGCCAAAGUUCCUAAAAUUGGAUGCAAAAUUUGCAGUCCGUCCCUUUCUGGUAAACUUUUAGUGUUAUAGACGAGAAAAUGUGGCUAAAAUUUUGCAUCAAAGUUUUGGAACUGCUUUGGCUCAUUCGUAAGCAUACAAUGUAUAACAUAAUACAUUGCUAGAUUCGCCCCGGGGCUUCGCUCCCGCGGGAAUUUCUUGAUAAAAAAAUACACCCCAUGUGUGUUAUUCCUGGUUAUAUACUCCUACCCGUGUACCAAAUUUCAUAAAAAUCCGUCCAGUAGAUUUUGCGUGAGAGUGUAAAAGACACACAUACUCACAAACUUUCGCAUUUGUAAUAUUAGUGGGAUUUCAGUACAACAUGUGUUCCGAUUAGUGUAACACCUAUAGUGUUUUUGACGCGAAUUAAUGUAAGUACAUUACGUAGUAUCAUAGCUUUUAUAUCCCGCAAUGAAAAGCCAGCAAUGUAUACAGAAUCGAUAAAGUUCAGCCGAACUGUUUCGCGUCAACGUAUAAUGUCAAUAGAUGUUUUAGCGUGGCGUAAUCUUGUCAGUUGCCUUUAGACGACUGAAUUUUUAUUGAAAAUUUCGAUAUCAAAGUGAGACUUGUUGAUAUGUAAAUUAAAAUAAAUAAAAUGUUAUUGUUUAUAUUUAAUUUAAAUCAAUAAUAUAAAUUACGCUUUCUUUAUUUCUUUGCUAAUAAAAAUUUUUUAAUUGGUUUUGUGAAUUGGGGCGCGUUUUAAUAGCUAUUUUCGUGGCCUAUCUCACAACUUUCCGAUAAAUUAUCAUACUGUAAUCUGACAGAUAAACUAACAGCCAGAUAAAUAUGCCUGAUGCGAUGGGCCAGUUAGUCCUAUUUAUGUCAAAAUUGUAUUUUAAAUUGAAUUUCGACCGACGUCAUUACCGUCCUUGAGAAUAACGAAUCAUUCAAAAAUCUUAUAAAUCAAAUAUUGAUACAAUUUUACGCUAUACCUAACACAGAUUGUUAUUCAUAAAUUAUGGUAGUAAAAGAUUGUCUUUGUUGAAAUUUGAAGGAAAAUUACAGUGAUCGAAGUGCUUGUAGGAUCUUGUCUGUGUAUAUAUUAUAAAUAAUUAUACUCGGUAUUUGACAAAGAUUGUUAAUUUAGGGCUGGUAAAUCACGAGCAAUAAUAAAA